UGACAAAUUUGCUUUCUCUUGUGGGCAUGGAGAAGGCCUGUGAUUCACCAGAAUAUGUCCAUCAAAGUCCUGUAUAUUCCAUGUAGUUUAUAAAGCAACUGAGCAUAUCAUUGUUGUGUAUGCUUAGUAACAAUUAUCCAUUAUCUUUUCUCAAAGAAACAGAGGUGGAUAAAUGGAGCUAUAUCUAGUACCUGAGCACCACCACAGUGAUGCACUGUAGUUAGGGCAUGGCUGAAAUCUCUGUGUCCAAAGUUAUGCCAGUACCUUUCACUUUGAGUGUACCAUUUGUUCCUCUCUUACAUUUGGUAGAGCAGAGAGGGCUGAGAAAUUCUUUCGAACCAGAACAGAAGAGGAUAAAUUGAAAUAAAAGACAAAUGCAUGAGCCUGUUUCAGCAAAAGUAACCAGUUUUCAUUCUCUUUAAACAUAAAGCCUGGAUCUACAGCUUUGUAUUUCUGCUUUUCUGUCCACAGUGGUCAACUGAGUACAACACACAAGCUUACCAAAACCAGAAGUCGGUACUGUACCAAUCCUAGCUCACUCUUUCUAUCUAUGCGGUAAUAGUCACAGCCAUGAAAUGUGGAGGAACACCUUAGUCAUGGCGUUACAUUCACAUUGCAUCUGGAAACAAAUACAGUCAUGAGCCAACUCCAUCACAGACCAUGUUUUGUUUGGUCAUCUCACAACCAAGCUGUGGGCAGGAUAUGAAAAACAGCUUUUCCAUGUCUAGAAGAGUGACUGCAGAGGGUUAAAAAUGAGGAGUGACACUUAAGGGACCUUGCUGCCUGUUUGCAACUACUACACAGUGACAAUGUUUCAGAAUACCUGCAUUGUUUGCAGGAUUUGCAAUGGCAAUGCAGGUCCAUAGUAAAGAAAAAUGUUUCCAACUCGUUAGUGUAGAGCAGGUACCAGACCUUCAAUACCAGUGGAGAAUUUGACCACUGCAAGUUCACCAGCAUACUGAGUAUUAUAAGUGUAUCUCACUCCAUCAUCUGUGCUGUGCUAGCACUUAAAUCACAUUAGGGACUCUCCAGCACUCUCUGUGCUGCAGCAUGAGCAACUCUUGCGAGAUCUGUGUGUGACAAUUCAUAGAGAGCCAGGUGUUGGUAGGAAUUAGCAGGAGCUCUGCUCUUCCCUAACGGAGACUUUAUGCAGACUCAGCUAACAUUACACAAAGUCAGAAGACAACAAUCACCCUGUGACAGUCAGCUCCUAUCAAGUCAGUUUAGAUACACUCCCAGCCUGUAAAAGUAGCUUUUUUCUAGGAUUAGCGAUGACACCAACAUUAUGGCUAUGGUUGGCUUGUCCUGCUCUGGUCAGGCAGAACCUGAUGUGUCUAUUUAAUACUUAAACAGCUUCACACAACAUAAUCUGCAAUGAGUUUAGUUAUAAAUGGGUGACAAGUAACUACUAAACCAAUCAGUCAGAAUAGAUAAAGUCAGAGGUACCACAGAAAGAUAAGGUUUGCCCAAUGAAGAGGUAGCACAGGCAAAAGGGGUAACAGAUCUAUGUCUACUGCUAUGUUCCUUUGCAACAUGCUACUCAAUUUGGUCAUCUAAAUGAAACCCCCAGCAGUACACAAUUUCCAGGAGUGAUCCUUUGAGGCCAGCAGACUUUUUUAAAUACACUUUGCCUUGUUUUGUAGUCUUCAUUAUUUUUUUCACAGCUCAAUUAGGCAAAACCAUAGCUCAUCUGAUAUAUAGUGGUGGUGAUAGUCCUCCAAAGGGAAGCUUGGACAAGACCAUUUCCAAGGUCCCUCCCAACGAACAUUCCUAUGAUCCUCUGUUCAGCAAGAACCAGACACAAGAAAAGCAGAGUAGUUCAGAAAAGACAAGCGUAGUAGAAGUUCAGAAACCCUUUCAGGUGUAUACAUUAAACCUCUUUGGUGAACUGGUACCAUACACUCAGAAUAUGCCCCAGGAGUAGUGACUACAUUCACCAUAGCAGCAGUCUACAAACCCAUCCUGAAUCACAGACAAAUAGUUUGCUUUUCUAAAAUACCUCCUUGAUUGGAGAGAGCCCAGGGAGAACAGAAGAGUUUUUCUCCCUCCAGGAACUUUCAGCUGCCCUUCUUCACUUGCAGAUGUCUAGAGGACAGAGGAGUGACCCUAACCUCUAAAAGGCAAUUUCUGUGACACAUACAGCUGCCUGCAGAGUCUGCGUGUAGACCACAAUAUAACUGCAUAUCAGUGAAGUGACAGCCAACAUGGUAAUCUCUUCCAAACCAUCACCUAUCUCAAGCCUAGCAAACAUGCAAAGAUUAAAGCUAUUAUAUCUUGUCACUAAUUCCUUCAGCUAUACCAGCCCUAAUUAAAGUAACUGCUGAAAUUCAUAGAAUGAUAAGAAUCAUUUAGGUUGGAUGAGAAACUCAAGAUCAUCGAGUCCAACCAUAACCUAACUCUCGCACUGAACCAUGUCCCUAAGAACCGCAUCUAUAUGUAUUUGAAACACCUCCAGGGAUGGUGACUCAACUGCUUCCCUGAGCAGCCUGUUCUAAUGCUUCACAACCCUUUCCAGGAAUAAUUUUUUCCUAAUAUCCAAUCUGAACCUCCCCUGGCACAACCUGAGGCCAUUUCCUCUCGCCCCAUCAUUUGCUACUUGGGAAAAGAGACCAAUACCCUCCAUGCUACAACCUCCUUUCAAGUAGUUGUAGACAGCAAUAAGGUCUCUCCUCAGCAUCUAUUUCUCCAGGAUAAAGAGCCCCAGUUCCCUCAACUGCUCCUCAUCAGACUUGUGCUCCAGGCCCCUCACCAGCUUCACCACCCUCCUCUGAACUCUCUCCAGCACCUCAAUGUCUUUCCUGUAGUGAAGGGCCCAAAACUGAACACAGGGUUCAGGGUGGGGCCUCACGAGUACAGUGGGACAAUCCAUUUUGAAGAGUUCAUCCCUACUCUCUACAAAGCCCUUAGUUAGUCCUACAGUCCACCUCCUCCAGCCUCCUACCUUUCACAGCCCAUCCCUGUAUCCUACAUACACCUUUGCACGGUUCCUUGGUUGAGCUCCCUCACCGCUCUGCUGCAGGGCACAAAGACCAGUAAAGGGGUCUUAGCAGCAGUCUCCCCAAUGUCUGCCACCCACAGCUGCUGCUGCUGGUCCAGGCUCCAUCUCCAGCAGACAACAAGGCUCCUGCCUUCUCACCAGCUGCCAAAAAGCUCAGCCAGUUUCCUUAGAGGGCUUUUUCAUUCACUCCAUCGCUAGGAUUGAGCCCAUAAGCAUGAAGCAUGUAGACUUCACAGCCAUGCUCCAGACAGCAGCAGGGGCAGUAAAAGAGUGAAAAGUAUACAUUUUUGCUUUGUUUCAAACUGCUUCCAGCUUUUUGGUAUGAGAAAAUUAAGGUAGAGCAGUAGCUGGAUCUUAAUAAAGGAGAGGUGGGUAGAUUGCAAAGACUAUACAGGUUUUUACUGCCAGAGCACUGAAACAAAAUGCCGGAGACUUGGGCUACUGGGAUAACUCAUUUUGUGCCACUGGCUUCUUGACUGGCUGUGGGCAAGCCAUUUCUCCGCGCCUCAGUUUCCACAUCUGCAAAAUGCAGGCAAUGGUAUGCUUUGAAAGGCUUUGACAACUGUUGAUGAAAAACACCACAAAAGAAAUGUUAGCAAUAAGAAAAAAUAAAUAAUUAUUUUCUUUUUAUUUUUUCUGACAUCAUAACACACAUUUGCAGUCAUAUUAGAGUCAAAACAAAAGGAAGAGGGAAACUUUCAAGGAACUACUGUUUCCUGAAGACCUCUCUGAACCAAGAUUGCAGAAAAUCCUUGGAAACCCCUAGGAAUGUAUCUGAAAGGAAGUCAGUGACCCUUAUAGCAACAAGUUUGCUUGUGCAAGGAAGGAUUAAGACCUCUCAUAUCUUCUACUUCUUAUUUUUAUCCUUGUAAGAAUCAUGAACAUUGAAAAUCAAUUACACCUGUUGAACAGUCAGCAGUGAAAAAUAUCACACUGGGAGCCUCUUCAUGCCAGCAGGUCCCUGAAUCCAAACCACACCAAGUGUAGUCCAUUGGGAGGCAACAAACAGUAGCUCUGUAUUAGUGAGGGACCAUCUUUCUGCAUAACAAAGGCACUAACCCUCUCACUGUAGCUCCCUUCCAGCCAUCUGGCUAGCAGCACAUCUUACCCUUGAAGAUAUCUUGCAUUGCAGAUAUUAACUCUUGUGCUUACGCUUUUGUAGGUUACCUUGAAAGAGCCUAGGAACACAGUUUUUAACCAACUUCAACCCUCCUCCAUCCCCUGCAAAAAAUCCCCAGCCUUUGGGAAUAGCGCACAAGGGGAAAUAACAGGUUUUCUGAAGCAUUCAUUGAAAUCCUUGUUUCUAACAUAAUAAUGACCAACAAAUGAACUUUCAGCUAGGAAGACAAUCAAGUUUUACAAAAAUACCACAGCCCCAUAUCAGCCCAUCAGCAACACUAGAAGCAAAAAAAUGAGAAUGCUUAUGUGGCCCAAGACACAGAGGUAAGAUGUUUUGGUGGAUCUAACUUAAAAAUCUAAACCCAAUGCCAUCAAAACACAAUUUAUUUUUCUAGGCUAAUGAGAAGUGUGCCUAUUUUUAGCAUGUCAUUAAGCAGAUGAAAACAAAAGCCUGUUUGAGGACUGCCACAAUACAUCAGCAUUUUUCCCACUGAAACAAAAGCUAGAGUAGCAGAGCACUGAAAACAGCUUCUGAGUUAAUUGCAAGUUAAUUGAUUUCAACUGGAUCACCAGAGUUGGGCUGAUGUAUUGAGUCAGCCUCUGUUCCCUGCCCAAAUGCUGCCAGCCAAUUUCUGAGCUUUGGGAGCUUUCUACAGCAUGCCAGCCCUUGUCUGGUUGCAUUGAGAUGUGUGUCUAUACAUGCGUAUAUUUACCAGAGGUGGAUUUUUGCACUUUCUAAGGAGAAAUUUCACAUAGAGGUUUUUAUUUUUUUUUUUUUAUGUACCCACAAGCCUAUUUGAACAGUGUCAGCAAUGUAAGUUACAGCUGCCUUGAAGUUAUACUGAAGCUUUAAUCUUCCUAGAGAGCAUGGAUUUCUCUACACAGCCUCAAAAGUAUAAUCUUUGGAGGUACAUUAUUAUAAGCCUAUUUAUCAUUCAAAGCAUAUUAGCUGUUUCUUGUGUAGUAUUCCUUGUUUAUUAGAAUUUUUAAAAAACAACAUUUUCCACUACACAAACCCUGUAGCAACUCAGAUGAGCACUCUGAUUAAAAAAAAUGAGCUUCCUAAUUAAUAGUCUUUUACGGGUUCCUCCAAUAGCUUAAUUAAAACAACAAAGCAGCAGAAUUUUAACAUGAUUAUUUCUAAUAAGACUUUUUUUUUUUUAAUCAGCUCAUUUUAGUCCUCAUAUGUCUAGCAGAAAGUGGCUUAUUUCUCAUUAGGCUCUUUCAGAGUGCUGAAUCCCUCACUUGUCCUGCUAGGGCAAUUAUAGACAUCUGUGUAAGUUUAGCACAGAGACUGUGAAGUCCUAAAGGGGAUACAUUAAGUUGUUUACAUAAAUUAAAUGUAAGCCUGUUUUACCUUUGGGAAAGUGUUAGAGCUUAUUUGUGAAAAAAAAAAAAAAUAUCAAAACCAACAGCAAAUUAAUUCAAGUAAACAGCAAAUAUAGUUAAUUCUCAUUUUCUACUAUAGGCCUUUGGCUUAGCUAUUUUAACCGCUUCCAUUUUGUAUGUAAAUCAAGUGUUAUAUGUAAAUCAAGUGUGAUUUUCUGGUUGAGUUAACAUUUAACAUUUUUAAUGUAAGUCAUUCUUACUAAAAUAAGAUUUAAAACACAAAUCAAAAGUUUUAUUGCUUUCUUUUGCCUUGGAUCCACAGGUUCAAAAUUUUACUUAGGCUAUUGUAAGAUCUGGGUGCUAUCAUCAGUACGGACUGCUACGUUUCGAAGUCAAACUGUUUCAAAUUAUAGGAGACACUUCAGAGCUGUACUAUGGAUUGAAGAUGCAUCAAUUGUAGAUUUUAAUGCAGCUCCCUUUCAGUGUUCUGUCUAACUCAUUAGUUAAAAUUGCUGUGUGAUGAGGAAAAUGGUCAUUCGUAAGUAUUAAUUUAGUCCUUUGGGAACAUAAACAUGGUGCAUGUAUCAAGUAAGUCCCUGAUCCUGCAUUAAACAUAAAAAUCAAAGUACCCUCCCAGAUAACUCCCUUAAAACUGCUGAUGCUACUAAUGUACAUUUUGUUAAAGACGUGUAAGGGCUCGGAUGACUGGGGACAUAGUUUCUCUCUGCAUGCAGUCCCUAGAAAGGCUGCAUCUCCUGUGUCAUUGCUAGAGCACUGCUUGUCUACUCAUCUCUCCUUCUUUAACAUGUUCCUACUGUUGUUGAUGAACAUUGCUAUAGAAGUCAGCUAAAGAGAGAAAUCACAAAACAGCCACUGCUACUGGAAGUAAGUGUGCCAGCACACCGUUCAUCCACAAGAGAUGCAAGUAUUUGCAAAAGAAAGGUUCACUCAAUCUGGCAAACAAAGCCAAGUCCUAAGCCAACAAGUAGCUCUGCUGAUUUGGGUAGGUCCACUUCCAUGUUUAAAAGUGGGCACAGAUACAGACGGGGACUUCUGCAUAGUUUCUUGCAUAAAGCUCUGAGUGAAACUGUAUAUUCUCAGGGCAAAUGUAAAGAUUCAUCCUAGAUUAAAAUCUGGUUAAAAAGGGCAAAGUAAAACCAUCUUAUUCAUUUUAAUGCUUACCAGUCAAUUCUCUGUAUAGUCACAGAUCCCAAAGCAGCUCAGGCCAAGUCUUCCUCAGCUGUAGCUUGUUUUAUUCAUUAGGCUAUUCUGCAAGCUUCUCUCAAAAUCCCCACCCUUCUCUGCACUCAAGGUAAGUUUGUGGUAGAAUGGUUUCUCAGGAAUAAGCAACUGUCUUCCUACUGUCUCAGAAGUCCCCUUUGUAGAGCACCUGUAGCAGCUUCCAUAGGAGCUAUCCAUUUGUCCCAUCAAAAGAAAAAUUCCAGUGAAUGGCUGAGCAACAAGGGGAAAAAAACAACCAGAGCAGGAAAAUGGGACUGGGGCAAGAUACAGAGGACCUGCUAUCAAACAUGCAAUGCCCGAAUCACCACAAAGCAGCAUCCAGAAGAUCUGUUCAAAAGGUGAACAAAUGUAUUCAAGCUGAUAUGGACUUGGAAGAGGGGAACCCCAGUGCAGACCUGAGCCUUUCUCCAACAUCCAGCCUUUCCAGGAAGCUGCAGCAGUCCCCAGGGAACGUGUCACCUUCCCAGCAAAGUGUUUCUUCACCCUCCCAAGGACAGUUUGCUAUGCCAGCUCUGCCACCAGCUCCUCCACCCCUACCCCCUGGGUGUAAGGUGCCUCCUCCACCCCUUCCCAUGCCUGGCAUAAAUGUCCUGUCACUCCCACCUGCUCAGCCAUGCAGUAAUCCCCAGUGCAAACAUCUUACCUGUGGAUGUGGGGAGCAGCCCCAACCUAAGAAGAUGCCAACACUGAGGAUGAAGUUGUUUCACUGGCAGAAGCUCCCUUCUGAUGUGGUGAGACAAAGCCACUCCAUGUGGGCUGUGAUGCCAAGCAGCAGCAAGGACCUCGUAGAGCCUGACUACGCAAGCUUGGAGCUUCUUUUCUGUGUCCCACCAACAACACCUAAGGAGAAACCAGGGCCAAAAAUGAAGAAAUCAAAAGAGAUCACAUUUGUAGGUCCAAAGAAAAGCCUUCUUCUGAGUAUAUUUCUGAAGCAAUUUAAGUGCUCUAAUGAAGAGAUUGUUGCUAUGAUUCAGAAAGGGGACAGAUCCAAGUUGGAUGCUGAGAGAUUGAAGCAGCUACUUAAACUGCUGCCUGAUGACCAUGAGAUAAAUGGCCUCAAAUCUUGCAAAGAAGAAAAAUCAGAGCUAGCAGAUGCAGAUCAGUUUUAUCUUCAUCUCUUGGAAGUUCCUAGCUACCAGUUGCGGAUUGAAUGUAUGCUGAUUUGUGAGGAAACAAAAAUUCUGCUGGAGUGUCUGUGGCCAAAAGCACAAGCCAUCAGGACAGCCUGUGAAAUGCUUCUUACCAGUCACCGACUGCUGGUUUUCUGCCAAUUGAUUCUUAAAGUUGGAAACUUUUUGAACUAUGGGCAUCACACUGGAGAUGCUGGAGGUUUUAAAAUUAGUGCCUUGCUCAGACUAACAGAAACAAAAGCAAACCAAAGCCACAUUACUCUGCUUCACCAUAUUUUGGAGGAGAUUGAAAAAAAUCACACAGAUUUGCUGCAGCUUCCCAGAGAUCUUGACUUUGUUUCCAAGGCAGCAGGAAUCCGCUUGGACGUUUUGCGGGCCGAGGCAAGUGCCAAUUUGAAGAAACUGUUAGAAAUAGAGAAGCGUUUGUUUCUGUCGACAGACGAUUUAAAAAUACAGCAUGCAAAAUCUGUUCAAGGCAGUCUCGAUGCUUCAAAGGACCUGCAGAAGGAGUUUGCCACCAUUGAAAAGAAGAAGGAAGAACUUGCUGAUUAUCUUUGUGAAGACCGAAAAAAAUUGUCUUUAGAAGAUGUGUUCAACACAAUGAAAACCUUCAGAGAGCUCUUCCUCAAGGCCUUACAGGAAAAUGAAGAAAGGAAGAAGCAAGGUGCAAAGACUGAGAAAAGGAAGAAACAGCUUAAAGGAGAAGAUGCAAAGAGGCUAAAGGGAGAGUAUGGAAAGAGCAUAACAUUUAACAAAAAUUAAUUCUGCUUUUACUAGCUAGUCUUUUGUUAAUUAGGAGGAAACUAUCUGUUUAGCUGUGGCUGAUCUAAUACAAUGACAGUGAUUUAGCCAUGGAUGGUCCAAGCAGAUAGUAUAGUAAGAUAUCGAUUUUCAAGUGUGUGUGAAUGCUUGGAAGAAAUCAUGAUGGGGAUGUUAGAAAAAAAUAUCACUCCUGAUGAGCAAGUUACUACCAUUUUGCUAGGAGGUGAAUGAUAUCCUGCUGGUGGUCUGAACAGUUACUGGAAGACUUUUAGGGGUACAGAAAGUUGCACAUACUUGAAUUUCAAGCUGCGCUGUGUCACUAUGGUAGGCGAGUUGUGUCAAAUGUUACUGUUACCGCAACAUUUGCUUUUUUCUGAUUAGAGAUCUGAUUCCUUAAAGCGGUUCUACGUGUGCUUAAAGGAGUGUCUGUGCUCUGCUGAAGAACAGCUGAUUGACAUAAAUGCAGAAAAGUAUUUGCUGUGCUGGAUCUACCUGGGUGUGAAGCAUUUCUAGUGCUAACGCUGGCAUGUGUAUAUUUAAAAGUUUUAUAUUGGGAAAUACUUUUCAUCCACUUUUCUUGAAGAUUUCUGCCAAUAACAUUUGGGUUUGAUUCUUGAUUCUUUAGAGAGCCACUGCAAUAAUGGCAUCAGGAAAUCUGAGUGGAGUUCGUGUAAAUAUUACGCUAGAUGCUCACCCCUUGGAUGACUGUGUUUUUCCUUUUAUCUGGUGUUUAAAUGGCCUUGUUUAAGCUCCUCUUUUACAGUUACUCAUCUGUAGAAAUAAAUUUUUAAAAUACAUAAAAUUCAUUGAAAACUGACAAAAACAAACUUGUCAGUAUUGUCUUGACAAGUGACAAGCUGCAGUGCAAAGGUUUUAUGUACUUUGCAAUUAUAACAUGCUUAACGUAAAGAUGUAGAUUAAAACCUUCUUGCUGUAAAUACAGAACAGUAUCUUAGUAUACGGUAAAAUAAAAUUAUAAAGUGAUAUUCAGCAGCUGUAAGGAUUAAAGGUGUGCUUCUACACUGUGAAGACAUGGAGAGACCAGAAGAACCUUCUGCACUUCCAACAUGCAAUUUAGAUGGUUGCUUUUGAUCCCUUGUGAGAAGGUAGAUUUAAUUAUUGGGGUAUAAACUUAAAUAUGAGAGAGACCAUUUAGACUCUGAAUUAUUUUUCAGUACUCAUUUUAGAAAACUGUGCAUAGCACUAGUGACAAAGAGAACUGGGCAUUUUUUUAAUCUAUUUUAAUCUCCAUCGGGGGGUGCUGACAAAUUAUAGAGGGUAUCAGAUCUGGCGUGGCAGGAUGUUGGAGCCCAUCUUAAUAUUCUUCUGCCUAUGUUAAACCUUUUUCCUUUUUUUAUUAUAUAUUUAGCAAGUUAAGUAAUUAUUUAUAAGGAGGGAAUGAAAAGACAGUAAAUCUGGUAAAACGCUAUUAUCAUGUGCUUGCACGAUUAUCAGAGCCUGGUUCCACAAAGACUCAAGAGCAACUUUAACUUCGCAGGUAUCUCCCUUGAGGCCGGUGAUAUCCAGCACACGGGGUAAUCCUGUGCAUAAAUCUUAAAAGGCCCAAAUCCUAUGUCUUUGAAUCUCUGACCUUAUCUCCAGGCACGUGCUCUGUCAGUGUCAAUAUCUGCUUUAUCCAGUUGUCUGAGGAUCAUUUCUCUGCAGCUGACAGAUCAGAGCACAGAGCAGUGAAGUUUCUCAGGGCAGGCGAUAGUCUCGCUCUCCCGAGUUCAAACAGAAGAGGUGAAGACACAAGCACCCAUCACUGUUAUUUUAUUGACAGAUUGCAAGGGAAGGCUUGCAGCUGCUGAAAAUUGCUGAGUCAGAAAUUGUUACCAAAAUUCAAAUGUAUGGCACGAUUAAGAGAACAGAGCAAUAUCCUAUUUGAUUCUAUGUAUUAAAAACAGCUUUCCUGUGAAUAAAUUUUAAGUUAUGCUUCCCUAAAAAAACUUUGGUGACAGGCUUCUGCUGAUUCCAGAGACUCAGACAUCUAGGGAUUUUUUCGCUCCUCUGAACUAGUUUAUAUAUGUAUUUACAUGAAGGGUUUUUUCCAUGCUUUAUGUUGGAUUAAGCAAUUAUCCUGCUUUAUUAUCUUCAGCUUCUCUUGCAGCAGCUUCCAUUACUGAGCAGUUAAAUUCUUCAAGACAAUUAUAUCAGAUAGUUGCAAAGAUUAUUUCAAGAGAAAUAACAUGUAGAGGUUUCUUUAGCUAAACAAGUGGAAAAAUUAGCUGCUUCUAAUGCAAAUUUGGGGGCACAGCUAAUGACUACAGUAAGCAACAGAACAAAACCACUUCAGAACAGAGAGUGAAAAUGUGCAGUUAAAUAUCUGGUGAGAAUUUUAUAUGCAGCUCUAAUACCGUAACUGCAGCAGAAAAUGAAAUGUUAUCAAAAGAUGAAGAGCAAGUAAAUUUUGAUGAACAGUAUAGGAGUCUCACAGCAUAUUUACCACCAUUGCGUAUAGAAAACAACUGCAAAAGCAGAUCCCCCCAGUCCAGUUUCUUGUGUUGAUGCAUGCAGCACCAAAUACAAGAGCUUUUCUCUGGCAAAAUCCUUAUUGUUUCUACUUACACAGGACUUAUUCAUGUGGCUAUAAGUAACAAACCAAUAUAUGAUAAAAUGUUAUCCGCAUAAAUUGGUCUUGCAAUAGUAAAAGCAUCAAGUCUUCAAGAGCCGGGGAAAUAAGCAAAUGUUCUGCUGCUAAAAAUUUACUGCUUAGUGGGUUAGUGUUGUAUUGCUUGAAUUUGCUUUUUAAAAAUAUGUCAUAAUGGUUUAAAAACUCUGUAUUUAGGACAAGUCCAACCUUCAGUGCAGAGUUUACUCACAACUGCAUUGUACUCUAGUAUGUACUUGUAAUCCAGGAUGUAUUUCGUAUUUGUAUACGUUCAUUUUAGUAAACAGAGUGAAACAAAUGUAUCUGAAUCUGUGAGGCUUGUUAGUUGUGGUUUUAAAUCAUAUACUAGCAAAUAAGAUUCUGAGCUACUGUGUUUCUUGGGCUGAUUGUGAAUGCGGUUGCAGAGUUUUUGUUUUAUUUCUUUUUAAGCACAAGGGCAAAGAUAGACUAUCUGGAUCUUAAUCUCCUAAAUAAGAUGGUGAAUAAAUGAGAAAAAGCUUCUUAGCUGCAUCUGGCAAUAUAAAACUGUUAAACAGUUAGAUUAAUUCCACAUGAAUUCUAGAAAAUUGCAAAGAUUUGUUUUGUUUUGUUUUUAAUUCUGACCCUGAGCCCUGGAGCUCAAUGAGUUUGCCACAGUUCUUUCACAGUUCUUUUUUUAAAUAUAAAUCACCUCAUAGAAUGUCCAACUCAUUACAUUGCCUGGAGAGGUGACUCAAAUUGAGCUCAUUUCAUUCAAAUGUGUUUUAAGAUCUUUCCAUAGGUUUUAUGCAAUCUUAUUUCUUUGCAUGAUAUUUACUCAACCAGCUGAAAUAUUGUGAAUAAGCCUCCAGUUUUGGUAUCAGCUUCAUUAUUUAUUAGCCAGAGAAAGAUGCUGCAUAAUUCAGCUAUUAGAGGGCUCACCGUAGGAUGCCUGAGACUAACAUUUCUGUUCACAUCUCUAGUCAGGGGAAAAUGCACAGAUUUGAACCAGUCAGUGCCUGUCACAUCACAGCUGAGACCCUUAACUCCUCAGCCAGUCUGUGGGGAUAGUCCAAAUACAACUUUCAGGGACAAUUGCUCUGGUCUGUUACAUUCACUGUUCAUAAGGGAGGGACCUCGUAGCAAAGCAGAACACGUGAUGUGAGACUCCUCUCAUAGCUUGACACAAGGUGAAAUGUGAAAUAAAUUUCCUGUUCCCACCCACAGUGAUUACAGAAUUGGGUGGCAGCUGAGCAGCCUUUUGAUUGUUGCUGAAGUAUUCAACCUGGGCAUCUAAACAGAUGGAUAUGAACUUUUGAGAGUUUGGGCCAACAUCUUCAUAAAAGACCUACAGGACUGGGACUUACUUAGUAAAGCUGGUCUAACUCAAAGCAGUUAAUGCUGAAUCAUUUUUGCCUAAUCUUUUCUCAAAAAAUGCUCAAGGACACAGGAAUCCUGCUGCCUGGACAAGCUGCUGCUCUGCUAGGAUGGUGCUAAAAUGUUGGUGUUGGUCUUUUCUCCCAAGUAGCAAGUUAUAGGACAAGAGGAAAUGGCCUCAAGUAUCACCAGGGGAGGUUUAGAUUGGAUAUUAGGAAAAAAUUCUUCACAGAAAGGGUUGUCAGGCAUUGGAACAGGCUGCCCAGGGCAAUGGUGGAGUCACCAACCCUGGAGGUGUCUAAAAGGCGUUUAGACGAGGUUCUUAGGGACAUGGUUUAGUGCUAGAGUUAAGCUAGGUUAUGGUUGGACUUGAUCCUGAGGGUCUCCUCCAACUGAAAUGAUUCCAUGAUUCUAUAAAAUGCUGCUGUGCUAAAAUGCCAUCCUGAGAAGUAGCAUUGAAGCAAAGUUGGUCUUAUUCACAGCUUCUGUUUCAAGCUUAAUAAUGUUUUAUAUGCCUUCAAGUUUGUCCAUGUUUACCAGAUCAGUUGGUUUGGCCUAACAAAAGAUGCAAACUCUUCAUUUCAUCCUGUUCACUGCAGAGAAGACACAACACCACUCCAUUUCAGUUUGCAGCAGCCUUUUACAUAUUUGGCGGCUGUUAUCCUGUCACCUCUGGUCUUGUUCUUCCUAGACUCAACAACCCCAGCUCUUUCAGUUCCUCAUUCUGGAGCUUUCCUAGUUUUUUCAUCCUAGGCUUUUCAAAAUCUGUAUUCAUGUACUUGUGGCUCUCUUCCAGAUUUUCUUCAACUGGAUCUCCUCUUCCUCCCAGCACAGUGCUGGAUCUCCAUCUGGGUGGUUGAGCAGGGCUGAGAAGAGUGAAAGGCCAUUUUCCUGCAUCUUACAGGUUGUUCUUCCAUCUCAGCAUGAUGUUUGACUUCUUUUGCAACCAUACAACAUUUUGACUCCUAUUCAGAGAAACAUCCUGGUCUCCAGCAGGAUUCUUGUUGCUUCCAGCUUCAUUCCAUGUGCACAUUCAAAAGUGCACUCUCUAUUGCACACUCCCAAAUCUUUCAUGGCGAUAGAAAAAAAAAAUGGAACCACAAACAGCCCUUAUGAUUUGAUGUGUGCUUUGUCCAAAUAAAUCAUUCUUUACUACUCUCA